AUGGUUCACUCUUCCAUUUCUUUGUUACAAGAGAGGUUUAAACAGUUACAAAGAGUGAAAGAAAUGAGAGAGAAAAGAGAGUUACUGAAAAUGCUUAGCAAUACCGAAACUAAACAUUUCAGUUUCAAUUCUAGUUCUAGUAUUAUGACUCAUGAGCCAGUUACUAGGUUAUUUUUUCAUCCUGAGUUAAUCAACAUGAACACAUCAGGUUCAAUAUCACCACCACCUCGUGUUUGUUUAUCACUAUGGCCAACGACAUCGCAGGGCAUGAAGGAUGAUAACAAUACUAGUUGUAGCAGUAGUACACAAACACAACCUAUGCAAGUAUCAUGGGACAAUGUUUGUGAUUCUGGUGUUGAUACUUCUCUUCACCUGUAG